AGUGGUGCAGCCCGCGCGGCUUGGAGGAGGAGAUCUCGCGAUAGGAGAAGGAGAUGCCUGUACGAUGAAGACGAAAGAGCUUCAGGAAGGAAAACACACAAACGAUGAUGCGUUUGCCAGUUUUGAUACUGACCAUUUGGGGAAAAGAAAUUGGGGUCUCUUGGUCCCUGGGGUCGUUGGGGGGACCUUGGUGGCUCUGUAUGCAGUUGCAACUCCAUUUGUAACCCCAGCGCUCCGAAAAAUUUGCCUUCCUUUUGUACCGGCGACCUCAACCCAGAUCGAAAAUGUUCUGAAAAUGUUACGGCGGCGAAGUGGAUCCCUGGUAGACAUUGGCAGUGGUGAUGGGCGUAUUGUGAUAGCAGCUGCAAAAGAAGGAUUCAGAGCUGUUGGUUACGAGUUAAACCCGUGGCUAGUGUGGUACUCUAGAUACCGAGCUUGGAGAGAAGGCGUACACCACACUGCCAAAUUUUACAUCUCAGAUCUGUGGAAGGUUAGUUUUUCACAGUAUACGAACGUCGUUAUUUUUGGGGUACCUCAGAUGAUGCUGCAGUUGGAGAACAAACUUCAGUUAGAACUUGAGGAAGAUUCUAGAGUCAUUGCCUGCCGGUUUCCUUUUCCACACUGGACUCCAGAUCACAUAACUGGAGAGGGAAUAGAUACUGUAUGGGCAUAUGAUUCCAAGUCAUUCAAAGAAAGUGGAAAGAGAUGCCCGGUGGUACUCAGUCAAAGAAAAAAGAAGCAUGACUGAAACAUCUCCUUAAAUGUUAAAUGAGAGGAUCUUCAAAUGGUGCUGUUGACGUAACUGUACUGACAAGAAAGCUACCGAGGAGACAUCGGGCAGAAAUAUGAACCGGUCUUCGUGUAGAAUAUCCCGAAAUGAUGGAGCAAGAAAUCACAGAACGAAAGAAUAGAUGGUCAAGCAUAUAGGUAGAUUUUUAAACCCCGAAAGUAAGUCCUCCCAAAUGCCAAAUAUUUUGUCAUUAUACCUUGUAGAUUCUCAAUCAGAAUGAAUGGACAAUGAUAAUGAUGAAAUAUAUCAGUGGGUAGAGAUUUAAGAAAAGAGUGUCCUUUUGAAAAUUUGAGUCUGGAAAAAAGCAGCAGUAUUUCCGUGCCUUGAAAUACGUGUUUUCUUAAUGUCUUGGUCUUUGAGGAUAUUUUAUCCUAUUCCAACUCCAGAAACUCUAAUCACACAAGGUUCAUUAUCAGCAACUUCACUGUGUUUGGCAAAGUUGUCAGUUGAUAGUCUCUGAAGAGGCAUUUAAAUUUAGACAUAGAUUUGCUAAGUGUUUGGCACAUAGCACUUAACAAAUACCAUAAUAAUAAUUAUUAUUUUCUCAAACUAAUGGAGGGCGAUUGACUUUGUGUACUUAGUAUAAGACUGAAGGUAGCUUGAAAGCAUUUCAUGGAUUCUGCUGUUAUCUCAGUGGCACAAUUGACAUAUCUCUAUCCAGGUAAAUGAUAGGGGGAGUUGCUAUUUGAACUUGUGGUCACAAUUUGACACAGUGGGGCUGAGAUUAGGUUGAGUUUGCAGCUAAAGUGCUUGCAUUGUGAGAUUGUAGUUCUUCCACAUGCCUCCUAAUUAGCUCACUUGCUCCUCACCCCACCCUGUUCAUCCAACUACAGCCUUUCUAAAAUCUGUCAGUCUCCCAGGGCGGUAGGGACAUAUGCUACAAGACUGAGGGGUGGGAAAGUCUGAAACAUUGUCAGUCUAUCAGACUGAUGAACUGAUGACAGGGUCCCUGGUGUUCCAAAUUGGGACUAGUCAUAUUUGCUUUCCCAAAACAUCACCUCGUCUACUGGGCUUUUGGGGAUAUGGGUUGUGUUUAUCCUGUAUACAUUAUGGGCUUUCUCCCGAAAAGAAAAAGUCUUCAAAAAACAUGCUUGUUUUGGGCAGCUAUGACCACCAUUUACCAUUCUUCAGAAAAGACUGAAUUGUUGAUUACUCCCUUAAUGUUGGAGGAUGAGCAGAUUUCUAUCUAUCUUUCAUAUUGAUAUAAAGGCUGCGUCGAGCCCAUGGAGGAAUAUCAUAGGAAAUGCAAAGUGAAGGAAAAUAUUUAUAUAUAGGGAGUCACGAUUUUUAUUACGAAAUAGCGCGUUACACCUCAAGGGGAUUCCUGUUUAGCAUAUAAAUUGGCUGAUUGGUGAUAAUAUAUUUCA